AUGGCCGACAACAACACAGCCAACGUCAGUUUCCGCGAGCAGGUUCGCCGCACAUGGGACAGCAACACGAGCAAGCCUGUAUCCGACGCCGGUCGUGAGGAUGGCGCCAGCGAGUCUUCACCACUGCUGGGCAAUGGCUCCGGCCAGCCCCAUCUGAGGGACGCCGACGGCGACGAGCCUCGCGCGAAUGGUCACUCCAGGAACAAGACGGUUCAAUUCUUCUUCGAUACGGAGAGGACGCCCGGUAGCGACAGCGACAACGUCUUCGUCAAGUACUCAGCCUACACCUGGCACGUCACCAAGGUGACCCUCCUCAGCAACUAUGUCAACUUCCUCCUCUUCAUGGUGCCAUUGGGCAUUGUUGCCGGCAAGAUGGGCUGGGGUGCGACUGCUGUGUUCACCAUCAACUUCUUCGCCAUCAUCCCCUUGGCCGCCGUUCUCUCUUACGCUACCGAGCAGAUCUCCAUGAAGCUGGGCGAGUCCCUCGGCGGUCUCCUCAACGCCACCUUUGGAAACGCUGUCGAGCUCAUCGUCAGCAUUGUCGCCCUCAAGGACGGCCAGAUUGAGGUCGUCCAGUCCUCCAUGCUCGGCUCCAUCCUGUCGACCUGCUGCUUGUCAUGGGCAUGUGCUUCUUCUUCGGUGGCAUCGUCAACAUGCGCGACCCUGCGACCGGCCUCGGCAUGGAGCAGAGCUUCGCCUCGGCCACGGCCCAGACGACUUGCUCGCUCAUGGCGCUGUCGUCGGCGUCGCUCGUCAUCCCCGCUACGCCCCGAGAAGGAACACAGCAUCCUCGUGCUUUCGCGCGGCACCGCCAUCACCCUCCUUGUCCUCUACGUCAUGUACUUGUGGUUCCAGCUUCGCACCCACCCCAACCUUUUCGAUUCCGAGGUCCAGCUUAGCGAGGAGGAGACGGAGGAGCCCGCCAUGGGUCCCGUUGCCGCCGGUCUUGUCCUUGUCGUGACCACCGUUCUCGUCGCCAUCUGCGCCGACUACCUCGUGGGCAGCAUCGACGAUAUUGUGGAGGAGGCGCAUAUCAGCAAGAACUUCAUUGGUCUUAUUCUCAUCCCCAUCGUCGGAAACGCUGCUGAGCACCAUUCGAUCGCUCUUCUCGUCACCCCCUUCCUCGUCAUCCUCGGCUGGGCGGUUCUCGACCAGCCCAUGACCCUCCACUUUGAGACCUUCGAGACGGUCGCCUUUGCCUUCUCCGUUCUCGUCGUCACCUACACCGUCCAAGACGGCAAGUCGAACUACCUCGAGGGUGCCAUGUUGCUGGGCCUCUACUUUAUCAUCGCGCUGGCCUUCUACGUCAGCCCUAGCGACGCCAUGGACAAAGCGCUCAACCUUGUCAGUCGCUAA